AUGGUAAGUAUGUCAUCAAAAAAUUUCUUCGGAUUAAUUAAAUUUUUCAAUAAAGUUUCAGAAGAUAUCCGACGUCAAUUCGAAGAUUUUAAAACGUAUUUUUCGCGCCAAAAACGAUCCGUCGAUAACAAGUUUAUACCUGAAAGUGAUUCUUCCAAUCAUACAGUUAAAUUCUACCACACGGUUGAUGAAAUAAACGAAGAUACGUUAAAAGACCUGAACGACACAGGAACGAUACAAGCACACAAAGUAGAGGUUAAUAAAGUUCCGAAAAUAUCUCGCCGGACAAGCAUGUAUGAUAAUUUUAAUAGUUCAGAUUUAAACGCAUUGCACAUAGAAUACAACCAACCUCAAGACUAUGACCAUCACAUCACGGAAAAUAAAAUAGAGACGCAUAAUGGCGAUAAAGUUCAAUAUAACGAAGACAGAUUAAAUAAGAUUUUGGGAAAUCAAUCUAGAAGUGAGAGAGACAAAGUGUUAUCCAAAAUAGUCGUGAAUGAAUUGAAAAAGGGAAGUGAAACAAUUGGAGAUAAGAAUGUAUCACCAAUGUCAAACAUAACGUUCACUCCUGAAAACGACACAUUAACAGCCAUGACUUACAUUGCUGGAAACUUACUAAAUAAAUUGUGGAACAUGGAAAUGGAAUCAACAGAUGUCUCCAUGGAAACAGAAGCGCUGAAACAUGAGAAAAUAAAUGACCUGUUAGAGUUAUUCAAGGAACCUUUGAGUAUGAGACAAGAAAAUUUUAUUAAAACUGCUCUCGAAAAAUUAUCUGACACUUUGAGUAAAAAUAAAAACGUAAAGAAUAUUUCGCUUUGUGAAACGAUCACGGAGCAGUCCAGUCAAGAAGAAAAUACUAAAAGUGAAAUGAAUACGACUUGCACAACAGAAAAAUCUACAAAUGUUAAGGGUAAACGGACAAAGGACGCUCCUAGUCCUACAACAGAAGCUAUAUCGAAGUUAAAUCACGUGAUUAAUCUGAUAAAGAAGUUUGAAAAUGUCCAAAAUAUGCUAAACGGUUUACAAAGUCAGACCAAAGAAAAUAAACCGCUUAGAGAGUUGUUCACAGAAACAAAUAUUAACACACAAAACGAUUCUUCUCUCAAGCUAUUUAGUAAUUUAUUAGAUAAGAUCACAAAACUCUUAGUUCCAAACAAGAACAGUAAAAAAAUAUUAGGGAAACUAAAAGAAUUAAAUCAAUUUAAAAACAACAAGAACGUUAAAUCUCUUGUUGGUGAUAAAUAUAAAAUUGACAUAAGUGAAAGGGAUAUAACAGCGAAGGACAAAGUGAUUUUAGAUUACUUAGAUCAUAUUGAGAAUAAUCCGAACUGCCUGCUUAAAAAGAAUUUACAUAAAAUUGAUCUCAAACCGACUAUGAAUGUUGAGGGGAACAUACUAUAUAAUCUAUCCGAAUUCCUUAAAGUUAAAUCAUUUAUAGAUCUCGUUAAGUUAAUAAAACCCGAGAUGUCAUCUAAACCAGAACCCCAGCAACGACCGGAAACGACUACUACACUCCCAGAAACAAUUACCAAAAUAAUAGAAAAUGUUCCAAUGGAUAAAAUACAAAGAAGCCUAAACGCUACCAAAGACAAAUUGAAAAAUCAUUUAAAGGAUUUAAUGAGCGACUUGAUAGAAUUACAAAAUGUCCGUGGCAUGAACAAAGAACAGACUAAAAUCAAAAUAUCAGAUAUCCUACCCUGCAUUUAUAAUAUGAUGAAUGGUGAUGCGAUUAUCAACAACGAGAAGGCCAAGACGCAAACCGCGUUAAGUAGAAUUAAAAAUGUCCUAGACACCAUCAAAAUGGAACUGAAUUCAGAUAUUUCUUUACCGACAAGACGAAAUAAUAUCAUUACGGAGACACCGCAAUCAGCGAUAUUGUGGCAAAGAGUAAUUAAAAAUGUCGCUGCGCUGCAACGAAAGUCGCGAAGGAAUUUGGGGCAGACCUCCGAAAAAACAUAUGAGGAAUUGAAAAAUAUCAUAGAACAAGUGGAGCUGGUCGGAAAUUCGUAUAAAAACUUCGCGAUGUUAUCUGUGGUGCCGCCUCAGAAACAACUGAUGUUGUUGAAAACUUUAGAAGCCGAUACUAAGGUAGAGAAAAAUGCACUCGAGGCUAUUAUUAAUUCAAUGCACACUGUAAAUAGCUUGCCGCUUGACAAGCGUUCAGAAAUAAACGAAUUUAUAGAUAACGCUGACAACAAUAUCAAUUUAAGCGUCAAAGUUUUAAAAAAUAUUGAUAAAUCAAAACAAAAGUCCAAUGAAAAUCCGCUGGUUGAGGUUUUUAACGUCGAUCAAAACAAGAGACCGAGUAACGAACAGGAAACGCAAAACAUGUCUGAGAUGCUCGCACGCUAUAAGAACAACGUAAAGCUUACCAGAGAUCAGAUCGUUAAACAGCUCAUUAUAAAACGGGUCGAGUAUUAUUUGAAGUCUCGGGAGGCUAUGGGCCUGAACCUUAGUGACGAUGUCAAUUACAACAUUGGUAAACGAAUUCUUAUAUUGAUGAAAACGGGCAACUAUAACAUCGCUAAGGAACUUUUUAAAGUAUUUGUGGCUAAUAAACGCAAGGACGAAAACGUUCGCAACCAAAGUGGAGGUGCAACAAUAAUGAACGAACAGAGAACAAAGGGUAGGUUGCUAAUGGCGCUGAAGGAUCCCUUGAUACGGUUCGACGAUCAAGUGACUAAGACACAUGACCAGGAUCAAUUGGUCAAGCAAUUGAUGAAAUUUAAAAAUCUAAGUUAAUAAGACAAAUUCAAAGUUUUCUACGUUUAUAUGACUAAUAAAAACAUUGAAAAACA